AUGGCAAGAACUAAUACUCCAUGUUACCUCUCUUUUUCUGAUGCAACAAUAUCGAUAUCUACUUGUCUCCUCGAUAUUGGCAGUUCUCUUGGUAGACUUGCUCCACUCAAAGCUGUUCUAUUCGAUGUUGAUGGAACUCUGUGCGAUUCAGAUCCUCUUCAUUAUUAUGCCUUUCGGGAAAUGCUGCAAGAGGUAGGAUCUUCCUAUAAUGGAGUCCCCAUAGACGAAGAAUUCUUCUUAAGAAAUAUUGCUGGAAGGCACAGUGAAGAUACUGCUAAAAUCUUAUUUCCUGACUGGGAUCAUGAGAAGGCCAUGAAAUUUGUCGACGAUAAGGAAGCUAUGUUCCGUAGGUUAGUAUCUAAACAGUUGAAGGCAAUAGGUCUCCACAAGCUAUGCAAAUGGGUCAAAGAUCGAGGCUUGAAGCAUGCAGCAGUCACCAAUGCCCCGAGGCCUAAUGCAGAGCUUAUGAUUUCAAUGCUUGGUCUCACUGAUUUCUUUGAUGCUGCAGUAAUUGGAAGCAAAUGCCAAAGAGCCAAACCGUUCCCUGAUCCAUAUUUGAAGGCUCUCGAGAAGCUUAACGUCUCCGUGGAACAUACAUUCAUCUUCGAGGUUGGUCUAGUGGGAAAAAAGAAACAUCAUAAUGGCAAAUUGCCAUUUAUAGUUCAUUUGUUCAGCAAGAGCAACCAAUUUAAUUACUUCCAUUAGUCAUCUUUCCAAAUCCUCAAUGGCAACUCACUACAUUCUUUAUUAAUAUUCUCUAGAUCUUUUACAUUUUAUCUUAAAUGAAUGUAGCAUGCACCUCUUUGUUGCUUAUCUCUCCUACUCCUAUAACUUAUACACAAGCCAAGAUAUUUAGUUAUGUACUACUGACUUCUUACUUUUUUUCCCAACCUCAUCUCCGACAAUGACAAUUUUAUAUCCUAUGCAAACAUCAAAGUCAGUAAUUUGAGAAAAUUCUUAGCAGCUAAGCAAGAUCCUCUGGGGACACGCCAAGUGACUCAAUACAUGCCACUUAGGGUUAUGACAUUUUUACAAUAUACCAAAUAAUAAUCUUUUACUCCCUAUUUCUAAUACCAAAUUUGAUAUCAGGAUACAAAUUGGGAUAUCAGUUCAAAGUCAUUCCAUACCAGCAUAUCCAAGUAUCUUAAAGUAUCUAUCUUUAAGUGACGAAUUUAAAUAUAUUCAUACAAGGGAGAUUGUUACCUCAAAAAGAAGAAAACAUAAUUUGAUUGGUUCUCUAUAUACCGUAGACUAUUUUCUUCUCUUUUUUUCCCCCUUCUUUUCAUUUGCUUUAAUAUAGUGUCUAGAGUCGACUAUAUCUUAGUUGAACAUCUCAUUCAUGGAAUAAUCAGGUGUUUACAUCUACAGCCAUCGCAAUCUUCUCCGAGUUGGCAUUCAUACUAUAUAUGGUUCAUGUUCAUUUUUGCAUCAAACAAGCAUGGUUAUAGAAAUUAGUAGCCACCUAAUAU